GUGCCAUCCUCUCCAUCUCUCCUCCCCUCAUCCAUCCAUCUACCCAUUCAUUGCUCUCUUUGUCCGGCAUGGGUGGUCAAUAGCCGGUUUACUCCUAUCUUGGUUAACAAUAAUACUUGUCUUGCAUUAAAAAAGGAAUACCGAGUCAGUUUGCUACGUACGAUCUAGCUUGGUCGUCCCCGAGUUCCCUACUACGACACUUUUUGGAACCAGAUCCUAUUCAUAUAUCGCCCAAAAUGGCUAGAGACCAUCUAGUCAUCCCGUUCCUAGUCACGAUGAUGCUCGUGACUGGGGUUUGCAAUACCAUUCUAAACAAGUUCCAGGAUAUGCAAUGUGUUCGGAAUUGCGACUCUCUGGAUCCUAGGGAACGAAAAACCUUUGAGCAGCCGGUUAUCCAGACAAUUCAGAUGUUUAUCGGAGAAUCUGGUAGCUGGAUCUUCGUUUUUGGCUUCUACGUAUACCGUCAAUAUAUAGUUCCACGUUUGACUAACGGAGCGUCACCUCUUCUUGCCGGUGGAUACGACCCCGUCGACACGGAUGACCGGUACGAUAAUGAGGAUAAUACGAUUGAUAAUGUCGAUGGCGCUUCUCGUCUCCCCAAACCAUCAGAUGUGGAUGAGGAAGGGCGGGUGAAGCUCAAGGGCGCCAAGAUCUUUUUGCUCGCCGCACCGGCAUGCUGCGAUAUCGCGGGCACGACGCUCAUGAAUGUCGGUCUGCUUUUUGUUGCCGCUAGUAUCUAUCAGAUGACUCGUGGAGCGUUGGUUCUCUUUGUUGGACUCUUCAGUGUUCUUUUUCUCCGCCGGAAGCUGUAUCUGUACCAAUGGACUGCGCUGGUCGUGGUCGUCCUUGGUGUUGCGUUGGUCGGUCUUUCUGGUGCGCUGUUUGGUGAAGAAGCGCAUGAAGUACCGCAGGAGGAUGCCACCGCUGCUGUUUUGCAUGCGUUGAUGCAGGCCCGGACUGUCGCACAGACCCCUGAGACGGUUAAAGUAGUCAUUGGUGUUUUGCUCAUCGCUGCCGCUCAGAUCUUUACCGCGUCGCAGUUUGUACUGGAAGAAUGGAUUUUGGAGAACUAUGCCAUGGACCCACUCGAGGUUGUCGGCUGGGAGGGUAUUUUUGGACUCUCCGUCACUGUUGUUGCAUCAAUGAUCAUGUACCUUGCCGUGGGACGCACACCGGCGGGCCGCUAUGGAUACUUUGAUGCGAAAGAAGGCUGGCAUGAGGUCUUUACUAACCGCAACGUCUCCCUCUCUAGUCUUUUCAUUAUGCUGAGCAUUUUUGGUUUCAACUUCUUCGGUCUCUCGGUGACCCGUACUGUAUCCGCCACCUCCCGCAGCACGAUCGACACCUGCCGUACCCUAUUCAUCUGGCUCGUCUCAUUGGGUCUGGGCUGGGAGUCCUUCAAAUGGCUCCAGGUCGCUGGAUUCGCAUUGCUGGUCUACGGCACUUUCUUGUUUAACGACAUUGUCCGGCCUCCUCUCAAAGCAUGUCUCCCACGAAACGUGUCAGAAAGACAGGCGUUGGUUCUGCCAGAGGAGCCGAUUGAGCAUGCUUGAUUGAUUGGAGUUGAUUUUGGUUAGGUUUUUGGAUUGCAUGGUACGACCGUUCGUUGUUUGGUUUUUGUUUUUUUUAUCAUGUGACUUUUUUAUGAUGCCCGCUGCGUUUAUUAUUAGAAUUAUGAUCUUUGUCUUUUGGUUUUUAUAGGCUGUCCAGUUCGAGGUAUAUCGGCAGAUGGUCGGCGGUGCAUACACCCUUAGAUUGGAACUUGCAAUAAUUUUCUGUCAUCAGAACUCAUUGAACGAAUGAUUAACUGCUCAUAAUAUUCGACAUUUUCAAGCGCAACGCUUAUAUUGUAGUUAAAGGAGAGAGCCUAAGAUAUGCAAAGAAAAUACA